AUGAAGGCUUCCAAACACUCGCGGCAGCAGAGCGACUCGGUCACCUCAUCCCGGCGGCGCGAGGCGCUGGCCCGCAACACCCUCGCACAAGCCCAGGUAUACCAGCAGCGCCUGUCCAACACGGCCGCCGCCGCCGCGUCCGCGUACUACUCCAUGCCCAGCACCGAGGCCGACGUCUACGAUGCCUACCACGCCAGCGCCGUCAUGCCCCAGCAGCCGCAGUACCAGCAAUACCAACAGCAGCAGCAGCAGACGGUAGACCAGCAAGGUUUGCGGCGCAGCGCCAGCACCGGCGGCUGGUCCAUGCAAGAGGAACAGCCACAGCAGUCGCAGUUUCACCAACACCACCACAACUUUCAGCAGCAGCAGCAGCCGCAGCCGCAGCAGCAACAGCAAAAGCACAAGCUGUACAAGCAAGCCGAGGCCAAGUCGCUGCUCGAGGCGCGCCACCGCCCCAGCAGCGGCGCAUGGUCAAUCCGCGACGAUCAGCAGCUCAUCACGGCACGCAGCGACGGCCUCAACUGGAGCCAGAUCCAGGAGCGCUUCUUCCCGAGCAAGUCGUCCAACGCGUGUCGCAAGCGCCACGAACGCCUCAUUGACAGCAAGGGUCGCGGCAGCGACGAGGCCGCGCGCAUGGAGCGCAUCGCCACACACUACGUAUUGAUGCGAGAAAAGUUGUGGCGACCGCUGGCGGAUUUGACUGAUGAGAAGUGGUCGUUUGUUGAGAAGACGUGCCUCUCCAGCGGCCUCAAAAACUUGCAAGGCGUCGCCAAGGCCGCAAACCGCCGGCAGCGCUACGACGCCAACGCCAUGGCUGCUGCCGCGGCGGCAGCCGCAGCGGCAGGAUACGACGACGACAGCGGCAUCUCGGGCAUUGGCCUGACGCCCGUGGACGAGAAUGGCACCGCUGCAUCCGCGCUCGCCGCGUACCACAGCAGCCCCGUGCCGCCGCCGCCGAGCCCCCACGGCGGCGGCAACAGCAGCGGCAGCGACGUCGUCGUGGGCCAGUCGUUUGGCUCGACGACCUCGCAGGCGGCGUCGGCGACGACGACGACGACGACGACAACGGCGUACCUUGCGCACCCGCACCACCUUGCCCAGGCGCACUUGCAUCCGGCGUAUACAAACAUCAUGUACGGCAGUGGAGGCGGCGGCACAGCGACGCAGUAUCAUCCGCAGCACGCGUACUCGUCGAGCAUCAGCUCCGAGGGCAGCCUGCAUCCAGGUUACGUCUCGCGACGCGGCAACGAGAGUGCUUGA